AACGAAAGCCAAAUCGGGGUUUAUUUAUUCGAAGUGCCGAAGCGAGUAAGAUUGUGUGAAGUGGUGGAAGAUGUUUAGGAACCAGUACGACACUGAUGUUACGACAUGGUCGCCGGCGGGACGGCUGUUCCAGGUGGAGUACGCCAUGGAGGCGGUGAAACAGGGCUCGGCGGCGAUCGGUCUGAGAUCCAGGACUCAUGUGAUCUUUGCGUCCGUCAACAAAGCCAAUUCCGAGCUUUCAUCUCACCAAAAGAAGAUCUUCAAGGUCGACGAUCACAUUGGCGUCGCAAUCGCUGGCCUGACCGCCGAUGGUCGAGUUCUCUCCCGGUACAUGCGCAAUGAGUGCAUUAAUUACAGUUACUCUUACGAGUCUCCGCUCCCAGUCGGUCGCCUUGUUGUUCAGCUUGCCGAUAAAGCACAGGUUUGCACGCAGAGGUCAUGGAAAAGGCCUUACGGCGUCGGUCUCCUUGUAGGAGGACUGGAUGAAUCCGGAGCACACCUCUAUUAUAACUGCCCAAGCGGCAACUACUUUGAGUACCAAGCUUUUGCCAUCGGGUCGCGGUCACAAGCUGCGAAAACAUACUUAGAACGCCGAUUCGAGACCUUCAUGGAUUCUACAAGAGAGAACCUGCUCAGGGACGCCCUCUUUGCAUUGAGGGAGACCUUGCAGGGAGAGAAGCUGACAAGCUCAGCCUGCACAAUUGCCGUGCUUGGAGAGGGAGAGCCAUUCCACAUAUUGGACAAGGAAGCUAUACAAACAUUGAUCAACGAGUUUGAGUUGGCGGGUGAAGACAACGCUGCCCCUGAAGAAGAAGGCGGUGCUGCCCCAGCCCCAGCCCCAGCCGAUGGAGGUGCCGCCCCAAUGGAUAUAUGAUGAUGAUGGUGAGGAUAAUGCUUUUAUAAUUUCACUCUAUUUCUCUAUUUUCAUUUUAAGUGGGAUUUUAUUAAGCUGUUACAAUGUUGAGAAUUUGGGUCCUAAGAUGGUGCCCUCACAUGGUUGGGGAGCUUCUGUUGUUUAGUUGGUCCAGACUCUGUUCUGUUUAAAAAUUAUAGCGACGGUUUGGAAUUAAAGUUUUCAUUGCGUGAAAGUAAUCUGAGUUUCAUUUUAGUACUGUAAUGGUUUAUCU